CCGAGCGCCACCCGCCAUCGUUGUGGGCGGCCGGACCCGACCCUCAGGAACAUGGCCUCCCUGUUUGUGCGGGACACCAGGAGCUUGGUCAGGGAGCUGGGCCAGAGGGGCGAGCUGGUGCCCGCGGACAGCCUGCUCAGCUGCCCUUGCCUCCGGCCCUUCUGUCUGCUGAGGAGGAAGCCCAGGCGCGUCCCCUGGCUUUGGGACAGGCCCCUCGUCCCCACGGACUUCUCACUCAUGGACGUGCUGGAGCCCGGCGCCCCAACCCCAGGUACCUCGCCAGAGCCCCCCGUCCACAUCUGGGAGACGAUGGCCAGAGCCGUCUCUGGGGCCAUGAGCGCCAGUGCCGGGCUGCAGGGGAAGGUGGCGGGGAGCGGCGCGGUGACCCACAGUUCCGCCCUGGCUGUGCAGACCCUCAGGGUCGCCCCUCACACCUGGGAGGAGCUGGUGGAGAAGAGGAAACUGAGGACACCAAGACCCCCGUUCCUCAGGGAGCUGCAGCGCCGGAAGGAGAGGGAGAGCCUCUACGUGGUGACGGAGGCGGUGGAGACCCUACAGGACACCACCCUCCAGAGCCUUUGCAAAGUGGAGGGAGCGGGGCAGCUGUCCUUCCUGGGGCCAGGCCACUUCACGGGCCGGGGCCAGGCCCACAUGACCAAAGAGAAGACAGUGACCGUCCCGCGGGGCAGUGUCUUGGCCUACAGGGUCCUGCAGCUGGUGAUCGAGGAGGACCACUGGGCUGUCCUUCACCUCCCGGAAGAAAUGUGCUGCAGAGUCGCCAUAUUGAGCCCCCUGUCUCCAGGCGGGGAGCCAGACUUUGGGGCCCUGCAGAGGCAAGCAGGUGCCCAGGUGCAGGGCCUAACCACGCUGCCCCUGGAACUACAGACCACGCUGCACGGCGCCCUCCAGGAGCUGCUCAGGGACCCUCAGGCCCUGCAGGCGCUCAAGGACACGCUGGAAGAGGCCCUGGACACUGGUCUGCCGGGCCAGCUGGAGGGCCCAGGCGGGGUCAUCCUGAGCACCCUGUGGGACCCCGCAGGCAGCCCGGCACCCUCAAGAGGCAGGGCCUUUCUCUAUGUUCUUGGAGCCCUUGUGGCCAUCACCACAGAGGGAGUGGGCCCCGAGCCCCGACCUCACACACCCAGGUCCCUGCCACUAGAUCUGUUCAGCCUUAUCCACUGAUUGGACUGAAUCCCCACCAUGGGCCAGGCCCUCUGCUGGGGGCCUGGGAAUACAAAGGUGAAAAGGCAGUCCCACCCUUCCCAGUCCAGGCAAGGAGAUAAGUAAGUAAAC